AUGUCGAUCAAAAGAAUAGAUGAUAUUUUGCUUUACACACUGUGCAUAACUCUUUUAAUCUUUACUCCAGUCAAUGCUAGAAGCUUAAAAUGUAAUACAGCUGCUUGCGAACGAUGUAGUUGGUCAGAAGACUUCAGUAUGAAUGAAUGUUGUUCAAAUCCAGCUGUUCAAAAUGUAUGCGAGGCUUGUGAUCAAAUUUCUGAAACAGAAGCAGAAUUGUAUAAUUGCCUAUCAACCUACUCUCAUCAAAUGUACAAAAGGCGAGGAAUGAUUGGCAAACGUCGAGGAUUUAUGGGUUAA